AUGCUUCUGCCUCAACUUUCAGUAACAAAACGCUGCGUUUUGGCUUUCUUCUUCCUCACAUUCCUCUCUGAAUUCUCUGGAAGGAAAAUACCCACAUUUUUGGAACCAUGGUUCUGGGAGAUUAAGCCCUGGCCUCCAUCGCAGUCGCUGAGAACGCUUCGUGCCAUUCUGAUUCAGUGGGAACAUGGUGAUAGGAAAUCGGGGUCUACUAACCAAGUUAUUCCUUCACUUGGGACUGGGUCUGGUGUUGGUGAUGGAAGAAUUGAAUUCAAUGAGUCUUUUAGGCUACCUGUGACAUUGUUCAGAGAAAUGUCCGUUAAAGGUGCGGAGGGAAGUGCUUUUCAGAAGCAUUGUGUUGAGUUCAAUCUUUAUGAACCUCGGAGGGAUAAGACGGUAAAAGGUCAGCUUCUGGGAACUGCUAUUCUGGACUUGGCAGAUUAUGGCGUUGUUAAAGAGAGUUUGAGAGUUAAUGUUCCUAUUAACUGCAAACGAACAUAUACGAACACUGUACAACCACUUCUAUCCUUAAAAAUCCAGCCUGUUGAGAAGAGUAGAACAAGCUCCUCCUCACGGGAAAGCUUAAUUGGGGAAGCUUCAAUGGACAGGAAUCAUGGUGAAUCCGUUUCCGCAUUGAUGGGUGAAGAAUAUGCUGAAGAAGCUGAGGUUGCCAUGUUUACAGAUGACGAUGUCUCCUCGCACUCGUCUCUGGCAGCUUCUUCUGGAGUUGAAUCAAUUGGAUAUUCAUCACCUCAAAACAAAGAGAACAUAACGGUUGCUGUGAAUGGGAGUGCUGGAGAGGUAACUCUAGACCUUGUGCCAAAUUCAAAACAGUAUAUUGCCAAAUCAGAUGAGCAAGGGACUGAGUGUCAUGUGAAUUCUAAAGGCAGUUCAUCUCAUUCCUCAUCAAUAGAUUUAUCUUCUGAUCUUUCAUGGAUCUCGAAGAAAAUUAGUGCUCAAAGUUUGCUGUCAUCAGCUUCUGGAGGACCAGAGAAAGAGAAGACCUCCAACAAUAACCUUGAGAUAGAAGCAGCAGAAGAAGCAGACAACGAGUGGAAUCCCAACAUGAAAAUCAACAACAAUGAAAAACAAACAGAUAAUAUUGAGGAAGAUGUUGUCAAUAGUGGAAGUGAUGAAAAAGUUCAACAAAGCGACAAAGAAAGAAUAUUUAGCCAGCCUAGUGCUGAAAAAACCCGUUCAGAUUUAGAUUAUCGGACAGGUGAAAAUUUGGACUUGGUUGAAUAUUGCAAAAGUCAUGGUGAUGAUAAUGCUUCAUCUCCUAGCAUAGAAGAUCCUGAUGAGGCUGGACGAGCUAAUGUUGUAACACAAAAAGGUUCUGCAGAGGGUGAGACCAGAGAGACACAUCAAGAAUAUACACAAGAAAGAGAGAUUGUGGAAGUGCAAGGACAACACAUUGAAGAUAAGCCAUUGAAUGGCUUUUCUCAAGAUAAUGUUAACAUGCAAUUCAUAUUGAAAAAUAAUGUGCUUUCUUCUAGUAAAGAGAAUCUCGCAGUUAAGAGCAAUUUCUUAAAUACUGAUAGAUCAAAGCAUGGAAAGUCUGUACGAUCAUCAAUAGACUUAAACAGGAGCAAUGGAUUGGCCCGGAGCAAUCAUAUAGGAGACACUCACAAUGAUACUCGUGGAUCUAUGAGCAGUGAGCGAAGAGAUGCUGAUGUCUUAACAAAGGAAACAAGAAACCCAUUUUCAGACAGUAGAAUUCAGCAUUUGGAACACAGAAUAAAGAUGCUAGAAGGAGAAUUGAGAGAAGCUGCUGCUAUUGAGGCUCUAUCUCCAAGCCUGCAACCACAAAUCUAUGGAAGUUCCAUGACUAAAGUUCACGCUCCAGCUCGACGCCUCUCCAGGCUCUAUCUACAUGCCUGCAAACAAAAAUCAAAAUCAAGGAGAGGAAGUGCUGCGAAAAGUACUGUAUCGGGAUUAAUUUUAGUUGCAAAAGCGUGUGGAAGUGAUGUUCCAAGAUUAACUUUCUGGCUGUCAAAUUCUAUUGUUUUGAGAGCAAUCAUUAGCAAAUCCUUUGGCGAAAAUCAGUUUCCUACUUCUGUUGGAGCAGCCGUUGGAAUGGAAGAUGACUGGAAUUGGAACAAGAAAUCAUCGUCACUUCAGUGGGGCUCUGUUUCCAGCAGGGGUAUAACAAGUGCUAUUGAGGAAAACUUCAGUGACUGGGAGAACCCUCUUAUAUUUUCAGCUGCACUUGAAAAGGUUGAAGCAUGGAUAUUUUCCCGAAUCAUUGAAUCUAUUUGGUGGCAGACCUUCACUCCGCAUAUGCAGUCUGGGGUUGCAAAUGAAAUUUGUAGAAGUAUGAGUUCCGACUCGAUCAAGUUCUAUCGAAGGACGUCUAGUUCAGGUGACCAACAGCAGGAAAAUUUUUCUUCUGAACUCUGGAAAAAGGCCUUCAGGGAUGCAUAUGAAAGGAUUUGUCCUGUUCAAGCUGGAGGGCAUGAGUGUGGCUGUUUGCCUGUCCUUUCUAGACUGAUAAUGGAGCAAUGCAUUGCUCGACUGGAUGUGGCUAUGUUCAAUGCAAUUCUUCGUGAAUCUUCCAAUGAAAUUCCAACAGAUCCUGUAGCCGACCCUAUUAGUGAUGCUGAAGUUCUUCCUAUUCCAGCAGGGAAAGCUAGCUUUGGGGCUGGUGCACAAUUGAAAAAUGCGAUCGGGAACUGGUCCAGAUGGCUAACUGAUCUCUUUGGUAUUGACGAUGACGAUUCACUCCAAGAUGAGAAUAGCUCAGAUGCUGCUGAAGACGAUGAGAGAAAAUGUAAUGAUGCAUCGAUGAAGUCUUUCCAUCUCCUCAAUGCAUUGAGUGAUCUCAUGAUGCUUCCAAAGGAUAUGUUAUUAAGUCGCACAGUCAGAAAAGAGGUAUGUCCCAUGUUUGGUCCAUCACUGAUAAGAAGGGUUCUUAACUCUUUUAUGCCGGACGAGUUUUGCCCUGACCCAAUUCCUAUAGUUGUACUUGAAGCCCUGAAUUCAGAGGAUCCUUUCGAGGCAGAGGAAGCUUCCAUUGUGAACUUCCCGUGUGCCGCAGCACCUGCCAGUUACCAGCCACCAUCAGCUGCUUCUGUUGCUGGUAUCCUGGGAGAAAGUGGUAGCCAUUCUCACCUGACACGGAUUGGGUCAUCACUUCUCAAGAAAUCAUACACGAGUGAUGACGAGCUUGACGAAUUAGAUUCACCUAUGACAUCUAUCAUCGACACACAUUCGCCAAAGCCGAGCUGGAUAUCAAAAGAAAAUGGAAGCCGAAAUGCUGUCAGGUAUCAACUCCUCCAUGAAGUAUGGACGAGCAGCGAGUAA